AUGCGCACUUCCUUUGGCUUGGCUGCGGCCUCAAUCUUGACGGCCGCAACAGCAUUGGCAAACAAUGGCACGAUACAGACCGUCACAGUCACUCACACAUCCUGGUCAACAAUGAUUUCGACGGUCCCAUGUCCUACACCAGCGACUGUCACUCUCUGCAACGACCAGUGCACUACUCUGCCGUCUGCCAUUGCCAACAAUGCAGACAUCGUCUAUCAGACCAUAUCUCAAUACCAGGCCGGACAAGUCCUCGAGAUCGGCGGUUCUGUAACCACUCUCGCGCAGGCAACCACAUUGACUUUGGAUCAGACCAUCAGCAAUCUGGUACUUGUUCCGGACUUCGUUACCGACAACGCGUAUACCGCCUCUGUGAGCAUCACUGAUGUCGUCUACCCGUCAUCCAUGACCGGUAUGAGUGGUCAAGUGGUAACAUGCCAGACCGGAACUACCACCAUCGGUGGCGAUGGUGUCAUUCUUACUGAUUGCCCCUGCACGGUGCAGUCAACUGUCCUCGAAUUGACUGCAACCAGCAUAGGAGCCGUACCAACGGCUCUAGUUCCUUCGGUCAACUACAUCGUCAAGAUAAUCUAUAUCUAUGUAAUUGAGUCCAUCGUUGAACAGGCUCCUACCACUAUUACGACAACAGCUACCAGUAUCCUUACGACGAUACAGACAGAAACUGCCACGGACAUAGUCACGACCACGAAUGUGGCCACUCCUCGACCUACGAUGGUGACUAUGGAAAAUGUAACUUUCCUGCUGGAGUAUGACACAUCAUACGAUGGCGUUGCUGUUGGCAAUCUACGCAAACGCCAGGCCAGUACUUUGGCCGGCAUUUCUUUCGAGCUCAGCACAUGUCUUGCCCGAUGUGCCCAGCAAGCAGACUGUGUGGCUACCUCCCUAGAUGAAAAUACUUCUUCGUGUAGCCCUUUGGCCCGAUUCAAUGCACAGAGCCGAAGAAAUGCUGAUGGAAAUAUUUUUGCUAUUGUCAUCUUCAGACCGUCAGCGUCAACGGGCCCUUCGGUGUCUACCAGUUCGCUGGCCUCUACGAGUCUUCCGAGGUCGACUGACCGUGCAGGCUCUUCAGUAUCGACAGAUUCUUUGGUAUCGACCAGCCCAGGAGUAGUCACUCGUUCGAGUAUUAGCAUGACUCUCAUCACGACGACGAACAGUGACACGACAAGCAUUGAUCCUAUCUCGGAAUCAAGCAGCAGAAUCAGCUUGAGUAGCGCUCUGUAUCCGAUGACCAACUGCUCGUUGGCUUCGACGACUUCGAGGUCAAGCGAGAGAUCCAGCUCGAGUGUCUCCGUCGCUGUGUCCGUAUCGUCGAGCGUUAUCACGAGGUCGACUUCGAUAUCCAGUUCAGAGCCGGUUCUGGUUUUCGUCUCGAGCUCAAAUUCGAAUGCCCUUCCGUCCACUACGAAUUCGUCGACCAUCUCCACGACCUCUACGUUCAGCAGUAUGUCUAGUCUGAGCGCGUUCUCCGAUACCACUUUCAGCUCCGCCGCUUCGAGUUCAGGUACAACUUCGAUCAACCCUAUCAGUUCUUCGUCCAGCAGCACACCUAGCCUGAGCAGCAUGUCAUCUGUGACCAACUCUUCAACAGUCUCUACAACUUCAGCAUCGAUCACAAGCAGUUCGUCUGUUGCCCCAUUCAAUGGCUGUGCAGUCGCAAGUGAUAUCGCUGGAUAUGCGCCUGCCAUGUCCUACUGUUCCUCAGCCUAUCCUCUUACUGCAUCUACCAGCUCAUUCGAUGCCACAACCACAGAGAUAGUCACCACGGUGGCUCCUGCGACCACAAUCUUCAGCAAUGUCACUCUGACUGCCGAGACGAGAGUGCAGACAAACGAGGCGACAAUUACCGAAACCUCUUACUUCUCAACCGAGCUUACAGUCACAGACACAACCACGAUUAGUCAUCCAGAAGAGGCAAACAACAAUGCCAACCCCGAAGCCAGCAUCUUUUCCAGCAUCAUGGCCCGACCGUCAUCUGAUAUCGCACAAGUGUGCUCUUGUCUACAAACACCAAUGACCACUACAAUCACCAACACGCAAACGGCUUCGAGCACAACAACCAUCACGCCGAUCAUCAGUGGCAACUAUACGAUCACGCCUCCAAUCAUGACUCUGCAAAUCACCGAAACGAACACCGAAACUAUCAGCGUGACUACGGUCAUCGCGACAACAACGAGUACUGAGGUAGUCACAGCGACCGCUACACCGUCGGCUGGAGCUGGAGUUGAACAAUCGAUUGUCACAGUCACUUCCAGCUAUGCGAGUACAUACACCACAGUCCAGACCACGCCUACCACAAAUAUCGAGACCGUCACAACAUGCACAGUAGGCACGGUAUCUCCAGUUGAAAUUGUCAAAACACGGUCUAUUCGACCGCUGGCACAUACUACAGCGAGCAAUGCGACAAUGUAG